AUGUCGGCAUUUCAAAAAUCCCAUUCCUAUUUAAUUAGCGACGAAGAGAAAGCGGAAUCCGGAUCGAUCUCUUCCUUUGGCUCAAAAAGUUCCAUCAAGAGAAGCUCGUAUAAUGGUUAUCAAUACAUUGCUAUAAGUCCGGAUGGCACUCAGAUAGUAACAUUGAAUACCUCGACUCAUCAAUUAAAAUUAUGUAAACAUGAUAAUUUAUCAAAAUUUUACACCAUAAAUUAUGAUGAAUUUAAGAGUUACGAUAAGCCCUUGACAAAAAUAAAUUGGAGUUUAACGGUAUCUAAUGCAUUCACCUUGGCCGAUGGAACUGAAGACGUGUUGAUUGUUGUAUCUUGUUUUGAUGAUGAUGAUAUGAAAUGUAAUCAAAUUCCAGAUGAUGAAGUUGAAACCGUUUACAUGUAUGAUGAUAUGAAUAAACGUGUUGAAACGUCCACGUGGAUCAUUUCUUGUACACAACAUUCAAGAGUCUCCUCUUCAAUUAAUAAGAUGGGCGGUAUAGUUAAAUUCUUGGAUAUCAAAGAUGAUAACAUAUCCCAUUUGGUUCUUAUUAAUGCCCUUGGCAUAACUAAAUUCUCCAUAGAGCAUGAGACAAUCAGAGAAAUCAUUUAUAACGGGGGUGGGUUGCAUGAUGAUGGCUGGUCCAAUCACUUUUUCUCUAAUAAAUCAAUUCAAGAAUUUCAUCUUCCACCAAAAUUCUUUUUGGAAAUGCAAAGGUUUAAUGAAGAUGAUAUUACACAAGUUUUUGUGGUUUGGGAUCUAUUUAGCAGCUCGGAUUAUUGUGUCAGAAAAAUCGAUGACACAUCGCCACUCUUUCCCGAAAAACGUGAAAAUUUCGCCAACGCUUCUGGGAAUCUUUUUACCGUCACUGAACGAGGUGAUAUCAUUUCGAUAUUAAAAGAGUCGGAAAUAGUUAGGUUAUUGAAUCCCGUAAAUGAUUUUAUGGGUAAGACAAUUUCUCUAGAAAAAUUUCAUGCUGCUUCCUCCUUAUCAACGGAUUAUCAUUAUGUUUAUGAUUCCGGUGGAAACCUUUUGGACUUCAAUUCUGAAUAUAGUAAAAUUAUUAUUUAUAAUUCUGAACCUUGGGUACAUGAUAACCGUUACAAGCGUAUCUCAGCUUAUCUUGAUGAUAAGAAAUCCAUUCAAUUAAUCAUUGGAAAAUCAACCGUUCAAGUAUGGCGUAAAAGAAGGGGAGGGACCGCUGGGUCUUCACCUACGAGAAUUCUUGAAUUUAUUUGGGCUCAUUCUGAAACAGAUAAUCAAAAUAAAAUGGAAAUUCAAUCUCUGGCAAUUGGUAACAAGGAAUUCUCUUUAACGUUACGUAUCCCUUCCGGAAUUUCUCCCAAUCCUGAACCAAUUAAACUCGAAUGGCCCGAAAAGUCUUGGAAUGGAACUGACAAAGAAUUCACUGAUUUAGAGAUCGCUAUCGAAUGCACAAAAGGAGGUUAUCGUAAAGAUACGGUUAUAGUUAAAUAUUUAUUGGAUUAUUAUUCUGAUAAUGCAGCAAAAACUUCAAAUUGGAUGUUUACAGUUACCAAAGCAAUCCCUUUCCUCUAUAAAUAUCAAUUAGAAUUUUAUGUUAAAGAAUUAUUUCAAAAACCUUGUUUUGGUGCUAAUGAAGUUUACUUGGAAAAAUCUAGUAUUCGUAAUUCGGACAUGACCAAGAGCAGCUACAAGAAUAUCCACGCAUUAAAUGUAGAUUUGAGCCUUGUAAAGAGGGAAAAGAAUAAUUUUUUACAAAGAAUAAUUUCUCAAGGAAAGCAAAGUGGAAAGGAGACAAUUUCAAAUUUAGUGAACAAGGAAUUCAAAACUCCUUCCCUUAUUAAUCAAGUUUACAUGGUACCACUUCCGGAUUUCACCGUAUAUCCUGAAGGAAUUGAUGAUAAACGAGAAGAAUAUUGGAAGAUUCCCUUCAAACUCUUACGAUUAUUAAUUUGGCCACGCGGUCAUAUAAUCAAAAAAGAAGAAAAGUUGAGCCCAUUCUUGAGAAUGAUAAGGAAUGACAAUAGCGCAGCAAUUUAUGACAAUCCAUCAAUAGCCGCGGUAAUUGAUUUCAAAUGGAACGCCGCAAGAAAAUAUUUUUUAAGACAUGUGGUUGUUUACUUUGUAUUUGCAUUAACAUAUGCUCUAUUAACGAGUGCGAUUAAAGGUUCCAACAGGGUUAUAGCAAAAGUAGAAGCUUAUUUAGACGUAUAUCUUAUUAUAGCAAAUGUAUUUUUUUAUUGGUUGGGAUUUUAUAUAUUGAAUACUGAAAGGGUUCAAUUAAAAUAUGAUGGAUGGAAAAGAUAUUUCAGUGUUUAUAAUUUCUUUGACUUGUUUUCAGUCAUAUUGCCAUUAAUAACGGCCACCAUACAAAUUUUUGAGUUGGAACAAAGCCCACAGGACUUUCGAAAAUUCACCAUACUUAAUUCGUUCACAAUUUUAACAAUGUGGAUGGAACUUUUUUUGUUGUUACGGUACUUUGAAAAGGCUGGAGCUUACAUUUUUAUUAUUGUCAAAAUCUUGCAAGAAAUAACAUCCUUUUUGACCUUUAUUCUAUUGGUCGUCCUCGGAUUUGGACAUGCCAUGUUUGUUUUGCUAAAUAACACAUCAGACAUGAACCUUAAUGCGGAAGGCACUUCUUUCAAAAUCUAUGGUAACGAUGGAAAUCCUGUACCAGAUGGCGCUUAUGAAGAAGCAAAAGAAGUCGGUAGGCAUGCCGUAUUAAAAUAUCGAGCAGAAUUGAUCGCAGAUUAUGAAACAAUUGAUAAACCACUGGGAAAUAGGAAAGGGAACCCUCGAUAUAUUUAUUUCAUUGGAAAAUCCGAUUAUAUUGAAGAAUGGUUAGAAAAAGCCGAGAAAGCUAGGGAAAGUCAUAAGAAUUUCUUGGCCGAAAUUGACAACAGUAAUUCAUGGUAUUAUGAUGAUGACGAAGAUGACGAAGAAACAAUGUAUUAUUGUCAUACACCUCGUACCCCACAAGACCUUUCUUAUGGAUACUCCAUCUCAAGUGGUGCUUCAAGUGUUGAUUCGAUUUCUAUCAAUUCGCAAAGAACGGAACGACAAGUUCCAUUGUCUAUAAAUUGGUUUGUUGAUGAAGAUGAAAGAGUUAAGGAUAAAUCAUCAAAUGACCAUAAUCAUAAAAGUAAAGAGGAAGUUAAAACGUUGCAAGAUAAAGUUCAGUCAAUGGAACAAGAUAUUAAAUAUUUAAUAACUUUAAUACAAAAUCAAAAAUAG